AAUAAGAGCAUCUUUAGAGCUGAUGAAGUGGAAAUAGUUCUUACAUCAGUCACUCUUUAGGAAACUGGAAGAUCAUGAAAUAUCCCUCAGUAAAUCUCACAAUCUAUCAGUUUAUAUUAACUCUUGUGUGUGUGUGUGUGCAAGCUCCUCUGUACAGCACUUUUCUAGUUUUCCAUGACAUCAUGGAGGUGUCGCUCACAGCAGCAGCUCUAUGACCUGAUGGCCUGGUGGUGCCAUUGUUAACCAUUUUUAGAGUUACAGAACAAUAUAAUAUACAGAGUUUAAAGUUUGGGACAACUUAGUUAAAGUAAAAAAGGACUUUCCCCAGUGAACCCGUUCGAGUGCCACGAUAAACAAUGCCAAAUGAAGAUAUGCUCUUUAUUUUUUAGAGCCACAUGGUAUGUAUUAUUAUUAUCAGUUUUUGAAUGACUUCGGCAGCCUGUUAAAACAUUGUAUUUCAUCCAUUUCAGUGUGGAUACACACUUUGGAUACUGUUUGGGACUUUAUGAAGCUGUUGACAGUUCUCCUCAUCUUGCCAAUAAACACGACCCAAUUUACAAAAAAUCUACAAGCAAACAUCACAAACUUGGCUCGAGAGUGAAUGAACUCACUCACAAUAUAUUCUUGUGUCACGUACUCGAGCGUCUUAAUGGGGAUUGUGGUUCAAUGUAAUCCAGUCUUUAUUCUUUUAGUUAAGACAGUAAAUAGGAAUUAAUUAGAAGCUUCUUGGCAUUUUAAAGUUACAUGCUGGAGACUCAGUGGAUGAAGACAUGGAACCUCAACAUGGACUGAAACACACGGUCUCCUUCCACUGUGAACUACCAACACAUGUUAGGAAUGCACAUGUUUAUUUCAUUUCACAGACCCCAACACCUUCACCCUCAUGUCCCUUUUACACUGAAUGCUUCCUGAAGCUGACGGAAAGCUCAACAGAUAACCACGAGGCGCCAUGAGAGCACCUGUGCUCAUCGGCUGGUUUUACGCAAUCGGGACGAUUCCUCGGCUUAUCUUUGUAUUUCACAAACCAGGAAAACACGCUCACUGCGAGGGAGGGGAGGAGGGGAGGAGGGGUGGCCGUAUUAUAAGAGUGCAGGUAAGGAUUGUUGCCCGUUAUCAGCUGAGGAUCAGAGAGCCCUAAUUGUUAACUACAGACUCGACCAGCCUCGCAGUGAAUAAAGCAGAGAGCACACCUUGGGAUCGUUGGAGCCAGCCGCUCUUCUUUCACUCAGGAGCUGCAGCUCCAGGGUUUACUGGUGGAUCAGGUUUGUCCUCGAAGGAUUAUGGUACGUUUGCUGUGUCUCUGCAAUACAGAGUGAACGUUUCCAGCUGGGAGAGAAGCUGAAGUCAGUUUAUAGAUUGACCUCCUCGCCUCCAACCAGGAGCUGCCCUUUUCUAAUUCUCCCCUCCAGCAUUCCAGUAACAGGUCAUGUGGAGGAGCUGAGGUGUGCGAUGGCCAGCCAGGACCUGCAGGUUCCCACACACACAGCUCGGUGAAGCGUCCCAGCCCGAGAGUCUGACCCCCCCUCCCUCUCCCUGGGUGCCCCUCAGCCCUGGGCCCACCAUGGGAGGAUGCUUCUCCAAACCCAAACCAGUUGAAGUUAAAGUGGAACUCUCUCUCCUGGAAAAAGAAAAAGAGGUGGACGGGCUGUCCCCGAAUGGCAAAGCGAGCCCCUUAGCCGACCCUCGACCUAACGGCGCCCUGGGACACGGCUCUGAUGACGACGCCACGCCGCUGCCCCUCUACCACAAACCGCGGGACUACGUGGAGGCCUCCGUCUGUCACGUGAAGGACCUGGAAAACGGCCAGAUGCGAGAGGUCGAUGUGGGGAGCGGCCGAGCGUUGUUGAUCAAGGACCACGGGGAGUUCUCCGCCAUGGCCCACAAGUGUCCCCACUACGGAGCGCCGCUGGUCAAAGGGGUGUUGUCCAAAGGACACGUGCGCUGCCCGUGGCACGGUGCGUGCUUCAACAUCGCGACCGGAGACCUGGAGGACUUCCCCGGCCUGGACAGCCUGCCCACCUUCCAGGUCAGAGUUGAAAAGGACAAGGUGAUCAUUCGCGCAAACAAGCAGGCUCUUCAGUCGCAGAGAAGGUCAAAGCCCAUGGCCCGCUGCUCAGCAGUCAUUAACUCCAGCACGGGCUUCAGCCACGUCCUCAUCAUCGGCUCAGGUCCAGCAGGUCUGGUGUGUGCCGAGACCCUGAGGCAGGAGGGCUUCACGGACCGCAUCGUCAUGUGCACCACGGACCGGCACCCUCCGUACGACAGGCCCAAACUGAGUAAGUCCUUAGACAGCACAGCUGAGCAGUUGAGGUUGCGCUCCAUGGACUUCCUGCAGGAUCACGACAUUGAACUGCUCACAGAGAAAGAGGCUGUGGCGAUAGAUGUGAAAACACAUUCUGUGACCUUUGAAGAUGGUUUGAGGAUGGAGUACAGGAACCUCUUCAUUGCUACAGGAAGCAGACACAAACCGAUGGUGUACAAAGGAAAGGACGUGAGGAACGUGUUUCACCUCCGGACGCCCGAGGACGCGAACAGCAUCGCGCGGCUGGCCAACAACAAGAACGCCGUGAUUGUGGGAACAUCGUAUGUCGGUAUGGAGGUGGCUGCAGCGCUAACCGACAAGGCCCACUCGGUGUCUGUCAUCGGGAUCGAGUCGGUCCCCUUCAAACAAGCUCUGGGGGAGAAAGUAGGGAAAGCCAUCAUGAAGCUGUUCGAGGUCAACAGGGUGAAGUUCUACAUGCUGAACCAGGUGUCAGAGAUGAUCGGCCAUCAUGGACAGCUGAAGGAGGUGGUGCUGAAGAGCGGGAAAGUCCUGCGGGCCGACGUGUGCGUCAUCGGAGCAGGAAGUAUUCCUGCAACGGGCUUCCUGAAACAGAGCGGCAUCCACAUGGACUCCAGGGGCUUCAUCACUGUGAACAAGAUGAUGCAGACGAGUGCUGACGGGGUUUUCGCCGGAGGAGAUGUGGUGGUGUUUCCUUUCCUGCCACGAAACAACAAGAAGGUGAACAUCCCUCACUGGCAGAUGGCUCACGUUCACGGAAGGGUGGCGGCGCUCAGCAUGAUGGGCCGAGCCGCCGACAUCAAGGCGGUGCCCUACUUCUGGUCCGCCAUGUUUGGGAAGACCAUCCGCUACGCAGGUUAUGGUGAUGGAUUUGAUGAUGUCAUCAUACAAGGAGAUCUGGAUGAACUAAGAUUUGUGGCAUUUUACACCAGGAAUGAAGAGGUGGUCGCCGUUGCCAGCAUGAACUACGAUCCCAUCGUAUCCCGCGUGGCAGAGGUGUUGGCAUCCGGGAAGACGAUUAAGAAACGAGAUGUGGAGAUGUUAGCACGGCUUGGCAAGACUGGAGACAUUUCCUGGUUGAAUGAGAAAGGCUCUCAAUGACGUCACAGGGAGGACAGAGCCAGAGUCCACGGGACAACUCAACAUGGACACUUAUGGUGCUGAGAAU